CUUCCAUGCAUAAACCCAAACUCUAGAACAAAUUUUACUCUGCAGUAACAAAAAAUCAUAUAUUUUUUUUCAUCAUGGCUCCUACUAGAGAUAAUUACCCUGCAAGAGUGGCUCUAUACACUCAACCCACCCCAACCCCUCCUCAAAAACCCCCAAAGCUCUCCAUGGACAGCCUCCACCGAACUAUCUCCGACAUCUCAGCCGAGCUCCGCAAAGAGGCCGAAGCCGCAUCCCACGAACUCAACCAUAAACCACUCCCCCCGAUCUCCGAGGUCGAAGACGCCAAGUGCGAGUGCUGUGGCUUGUCCGAGGAGUGCACCCCCGAGUACAUUAGCCGCGUGCGUGCCAAGUUCUCGGGGAAGCUGAUCUGCGGGCUCUGCUCGGAGGCCGUGAAGGAAGAAAUGGAGAAAAAUGGGGGGCAAAUAGAGGAGGCUUUGAGUGAGCAUAUGAGUGCGUGUGCGAAGUUUAAUCGGUUUGGGAGAACGCAUCCGGUGUUGUUUCAGGCUCAGGCUAUGAAGGAGCUUCUGAAGAAGGGGGCGUCGUCGAGAGCCAAGUCGUUGAGCCCGAGAGAUCUUAAUAAGGGUGCGAAGAAGGGGGGGAUUGCGAGGAGUUCGAGUUGUAUUCCGGCGCUUACGAAAGAUAUGAUCGAGUAAUUAAGUUCAAUGAUCGGAAGGUGAUUAUUUAGCUAAUAAGUUUUCAGUUGAUAACAUGCACAAGCAGGUUAUUUACAUGCACGGGGGUUUGGAAACAAUUUAAUCUCCGCUAAUGUUCACUUGUAAUUGUUUGAACAUAUAUUACUAUAACUUUCUUUUAUAA